AUGAGCCGCCAAUUUAGCUCUCGGUCAGCAUUUAGCUCCAGGAGCAGGCGGUUUUACAACAUUAGCUCUUCCGUGGGCUCUGGUGGUGGGAGUCGGGCUGUAGGGUCUGUGUGUCAGGCCCGAGGCAGGUGUGGUGGUGGUGGGUAUGGGGGCCACGCCAGGGGGUUUGGUUCUAGGAGCCUCUACAAUCUGGGAGGCAGCAAAAGCAUCUCCAUUAGCCUAGUGGGGAGAAGUGCCAGUGGUUUCUGCCAGGGUGGGGGAGUGGGAGGGGGACUUGGAGGGGGCAGAAGCUUUGGGGGCGGUGGCUUCGGAAGUGGUGGCUUUGGGGGUGGUGGCUUUGGAGGUGGUGGCUAUGGGGGAGGUGCUUUUGGGGGUAGCAGUUUUGGGCUUGGGAGCUUUGGUCCUUCCUGUCCCCCAGGGGGCAUCCAAGAGGUGACUAUUAACCAGAGCCUCCUGCAGCCACUUCACUUGGAGGUGGACCCUGAAAUUCAGAAAGUCAAGACCCGGGAGCGGGAGCAGAUCAUGGCCCUCAACAACAAGUUUGCCUCCUUCAUCGACAAGGUGCGAUUCCUGGAGCAGCAGAACCAGGUGCUACAAACCAAAUGGGAGCUGCUGCAACAGGUGAACACCUCUACUCGGACCAAUAACCUGGAGCCUGUCUUGGAGAGCUACAUCGGCGAGCUACAGAGGCAGGUGGAUUUUCUCAAUGCGGAGCAGAUGCGCCAGAACGCAGAAAUCAGGAGUAUGCAGGACAUCGUGGAGGACUACAAGAGCAAAUAUGAGGAAGAAAUCAACCGGAGGACCAGCACUGAGAAUGACUUUGUCGUCUUGAAGAAGGACGUGGAUGCUGCUUACAUGGGCAAGGUGGACCUACAGUCCAAGGCGGAUGCUCUGUUUGGGGAGGUCAAUUUCCUGAAAUAUUUAUUUGAGAUGGAGCUGUCCCAGAUGCAGACACACAUCAGUGACACCAAUGUCAUCUUGUCUAUGGACAACAACCGCUCCCUGGAUCUGGACAGCAUCAUUGACGCAGUGCGGGCCCAGUAUGAGCUGAUCGCACAGAAGAGCAAGGACGAGGCCGAGGCGCUGUACCAGACCAAGUACCAGGAGCUCCAGAUCUCCGCGGGCAGGCAUGGAGACGAGCUCAAGAGCAGCAAGAUGGAGAUUGCUGAGCUGAACCGAACCAUCCAGCGGCUGCAAGCAGAGAUCAGCAACAUCAAGAAGCAGAUCGACCAGAUGCACGUGGCCAUUUCGGAUGCCGAGGAGAGAGGAGAGCAGGCCCUUCAGGAUGCGCAGCAGAAGCUCCAAGACAUGGAGGCCGCCCUGCAGCAGGCCAAGGAGGAGCUGGCCCGGCUGCUACGGGACUACCAGGCGCUGCUGGGGGCGAAGCUGUCCCUGGAUGUGGAGAUCGCCACCUACCGGAAGCUGCUGGAGGGCGAGGAGAGCAGGAUGUCAGGGGAGCUGCAGAGCCACGUCAGCAUCUCGGUGCAGAGCAGCCAGACUACCGUCAGCGGCGGCGGAGGCGGCGGUGGCCGAGGCUCUGGAGCUUACGGCGGUGGCUACAGUGGCGGCAGCUCCCUCAGAGGCAGCGGCUACAGCGGGGGCUCCCGAGGGGGCGGUGGAGGUGGUUAUUCGGGCGGCAGCAGCGGGAGCUAUGGAGGAAGCAGCAGGGGCAGCAGCAAGUACGGAGGCAGAGGCGGCGGGGGCUCCUCCCGCGUGCAGAUCAUCCAAACCUCCACCAACACCUCCCACAGGCGAAUCCUGGAGUAGAGGGAAGGCUCACACGCCCCGCAGCGGC